UGCAAACAAUGCAACAUGUGACGAUGGUCCCACGUAGACUUUACUUUAUUUUAAUGGCUCACAGACCAAAUUAGUUGGAAACACUGAACCAAAUGAGCCGUUGACGUUGGGACCAAACAGCUGGCAACAACCGGGUUAAACUUUAACUCUCCCUGAGCUGAGGACGGGAGGCGGAAGAGGUGUGUUUUUCUUUACAAGACAACUGAAGUUGCCAUGAAAUGGCGAAAACGCGUUCAGUACAGCUGAACACAGGAGAGUAAAUACAGAAAUACACAGAAAAAGGAGGACAAAGCUAAAGCCACUCCGCCUCAUGUUAGUUUUUUCAGUUCGAGAGAAAAACUUCUGCAGUUCAAAGACGGAAACAACAACGAUCAGGACAACAGAUUGUUUUUCUACACCCAAAAGCUACAAACAGAUGAACAGUAGACCAGAGACCUCAGUUUGAUAAGACUACAGCCUCCUGAACCCCUCUGAGAAGAUUUUGUGUUUAAUGCCAACAAAAUGGGGAACAGCAACAGCGACAGGGCCAGCGGGGGUCAGCAAGGAGGGAAAGAGGCACGUCCCAACAUCCUGAUGGACAGCAGUGAAGACGCAGACCUUUUCCAGAGAGAAGAUACUAAGGCUCCGCAGGAAAUACAGGAGUUUCUGGCCUGGCAGCAGGACCUGGAGAGUGACAACAAAAGUCCAACACAGGCCAGGCCAACUGUGUUCAGAUGGUCGGGAGGCGCGAAAGAAGUCUUUGUGUCCGGCUCUUUUAACAACUGGGCCACCAAGAUCCCGCUCAACAAAAGUCAGAAAAACUUUGUGGCUAUUGUGGACCUGCCGGAGGGAGAGCACCAGUACAAGUUCUGUGUAGACGGUCAGUGGACCUUGGAUCCAACUGGGGCCGUGAUGACAUCUAAAACUGGGACAGUCAAUAACGUCAUCCAGGUGAAGAGAACAGACUUUGAAGUCUUUGAUGCCCUGAAGAUCGACUCACAGGAUUCUGCAGACAUCUCAGACUUGUCCAGUUCCCCUCCUGGCCCCUACCAACAGGAUGCAUACGUAAUCAAGACAGAAGACAAGAUCAAACAUCCUCCAAUCUUACCUCCUCACCUGCUGCAAGUGCUGCUCAACAAGGACACCGGGAUCUCUUGUGACCCGACACUCCUUCCAGAGCCAAACCACGUGAUGCUCAAUCACCUGUACGCCCUCUCCAUCAAGGAUGGCGUGAUGGUUCUCAGUGCAACACACCGAUACAAAAAGAAGUAUGUGACCACUCUUCUCUACAAGCCGAUAUAAUCCACAAAGCCGUGAUCCAGCCUCUCUGUUUUGAAAUAAUAUUCAUUUUGAUGUGUUUCUUCUGUUGUUGCACAAAGCUGCUACUUGAACUGCUCUGUUGAAAGUCAACAUAAAUAUCUUUCUGAUAUCAGUUUUAAA